CAAAAAACUUGUCGAUUAAGAUUAAUACCUUUUUUGUAUAUAAGUAACUACUUUCUUGCCAACUAUAUACAGUCAAUAAAACGGCUUGUUCUAAAAAGAAACAUUUGUAAAAAGAGCAUUUUAAAAUGAACUCCAUUAUUUUGUAUGCAGUAAUUUUGGUAACGUUUCAUAUGAAUGCAGUUUUGGCUGAGCCAAAACCUAUCGAUGGACUAGUUGGCCAAGUCCUUAAUCAAUUACUUGGCUCAGGAGAUGGACCACUUCCGGCUGUAAUUCCUAUUAUAUUGCCAGGGGCUGGAGCACCAGCACUUCCAGCUGGAGGGCAUGUCCCAGCAGGGCUUCCACUGGGACCUUUAGCUGGGGGAGCUGCAACUUUGGGUCUACCAGCUGGACAUCAUCCCGGUCUAGGUGGGGGAGCAGGACUUGCAGACGCUACAGCGUUAGGAGCACUUAGUUCUGCUACAGCAACUAACACUGGAGAUAAAAAUGACCUAACGGGUAUUGGUAAUUCAGUUAAUAAUUUAAUUGACCUUGACUUAGCAUGAAAAUAAAACCCAUUGCAAAGACUAACGGGAAAUAUAAAAACAAUGCUUAACGACCCUUACAUGUAUACAUAUUCUGUUACAAAUAAAUAAAAUCUUAUGCGUAUGUACAUAACAUACACAUAUAUUUCAAUGUAAAAUUGAAUAAA